CCCCCGGCCGCCCCCCUCGACGGCCGCCGCCGCCGCCUCCGCCUCCUAUGCCCUUCCGCCCCACGCUCCCGCGCCGCUGUCCCCACGACCGCAAGCUUACGUCCUUCCUAUCAGCCGUCGCCUCCCUCGCGAACGCACCCUCGCGCUCGCCGCCCGCCGGCGCAGUGCCUGCAGCCGCCACACCCUCCGCUUACAACGCCCUCAUGUCCGCUUACUCCCGCGCUGGCCGCCCCGACGAGGUCCUCCGCCUCUUCCGCUCCCUCCCCUUCCCGCCCACCGCCCCGCUCUUCACUACCCUCAUCUCCUCCCUCGCGGACUCCGGCCACUACCGCGCCGCGCGCGCCGCCUUUUCCUCUCUCCUCGUCUCCGGCCACCCGCCUACGGUUUCCACCUUCACCGCGAUGCUCAAGGCCCACGGUCCGGUCUCAGCCAACGGCGUGUACCACAUAUUCGGCGCUAUGAUCGCCGUGGGCUGCGCCCCCGACGCUGCCGCGUACAAUUGCCUCAUUUCGAUACUAUGCGACAACCAGCGGGUGGAGGAGGCCUUGGGCAUCCUUGAAUUCAUGGCAGACAAUGAAAUCCGCCCCACCAUCCGCUCGUACACCGCUGUCCUGCGCGGGUACUGUGAGCAGGCUGAGACAGUUAAUAUUCUCUUUGAUUGCUUGUGCCGAGACACUAGGUUUUCAGAAGCUGUGUGCUUGCUUGAAUGCAGUGGAAAGCUCGGCUGGGAGGUUGAUGUGUUUUGUUAUAACACUCUGAUGAGUAGGCUCUGUGAGGUUGGUGAUUUUGCUAGGGUCUUGAAGCUGUUGGUUGAUCUUAUAAAGAAGGGCAUUGGACCAGAUAUGUUCAGUUUUACUAUUGCAAUCCGGAGCCUCUGUGGGGCUGGGAAGUUUCAGGUGGCAAAGUACCUUCUGGAUAAUGAGAGAAUGGCAUAUGAUGUUGUGGCAUUCAAUACCUUAAUUCAUGGAUUAUGUGUGGUUGGGAAUCUACAUGGAGUGAUACAAAUUUAUAUGGACAUGAUCAGUAGGAAUGUUGCUCCAAAUAACUUUACCAUUGCUAUGGUAAUUGACAGUUUAUGCAAACAGGAAAAGUUUCUUACAGCGAUCAAUUUUCUUGUUGAACCUUCGGUAAAAUAUUUGGUUCCUGAUCAUGAAUCUUUGGGAAAAUGUUUGGUUCCUGAUUAUGAAUCUUCGGGCAAACAUUUGGUUCUUGAUCUUGAAUCUUUUGGAAAACGUUUGGUUCCUGAUCAUUUUGUCCGCAUGACUAAUUGGUUGGUGAAAGCAAAAGGAUUGGGAUAUGUACUGAUCCUUCUCCGUAAGAUACGUUCUAAAGGUCUUGCACUAGAUGUCUGUGUAUUUAAUUCAUUGGUUAGGAUAUUUUGCUGGGAAGGGUACUGUAAGCAUGAGAACUUCUACGAAGUUUCUCUUAUACUUGACAGUAUGCUGGACUGCCUCUCCAGCCAGCAAACAACAUAAGUCGGCCAGGAUGCAAAUUGUGCAAAAUCUGGUUUGCUGUCCCAUCCUCCCUAAGCUAUUCAACUAGCUGUCCAUUCAUAUAUUGAACGACGAGGCAAGGAGCUGAGUUGUGGCUAGCAAACCACUUUAAUGUGACACAGAUUCAAGGAGUCUGAACAAGAUUAUAAAGAUGUACAUAAAGGUUGAACAAUGGGAAAAUUUCUCUUUAAAAUUAACUUCUGACUUCAGUGGAAAACAAGUUUGCAAUUAUUGAAAAUUUUUACAUGAAUAUCAUCAGAAUAUGUUUUGAAGCAUUGGAUACAAUCUAGUGGGACAUAUAUGCUUCAUCAUCUUCUCUGUUAAAUUUUAGGAAGACAUUAGUGAUUGCAAGGAGCAAGGUUAAGCUUUGUUGGGAAGAAACCUUCAUUAUUGGAUCUGGGAACUCACUCGUUUUGAUGGUGCUGCAAUCAUGCUUUCAGAGGUGUAUACGCUAGGUACUUGUUUACUACUUGGAUCUGACCUGUCGUAUCGACUGUAUGGUAGAUUUGAUAUGGCCUUAGUUUCAAUAAGGAUAUACUGCUGUAACAUGGACCUCAUGAGAUUGACGUUGUAAAAGCAUUGAUGGAUGCUUUAUAUAUGGAGCUAUACACGAAUAAAAGAUGAACAUUAAAUUUAAUUUA